AUGCACUGGUGGAUAGUGAUUCGGCGUUAUUUCGUUUUCUUCACAACAUGUCUAGUUGGUUACCUUAAUUAUCAAUACUCAAGACGAUUUACAAAGAGAAAACCCCGAGACAAUCUGACUCCAAUCGAUGACGUCACUCAAAUUAGCCCUAAUGUGAUUCGAAUACUUGGGCAAAAUCCUGGUCCGUUCACCCUACAGGGAACCAACACCUAUCUAGUCGGCACUAAUCAAAAAAUGUUCUUAAUUGACGCCGGAGAGCCGGAGAAUCCACGGUACAUCGACAAGCUCGGGGAAGCACUCGGUGCUGCUACAAUAGAGGGGAUAAUCUGCACUCACUGGCAUCAUGAUCAUUUAGGUGGAUGUCAUUCAGUACGCGAACACUUCAAGACGUCGAAUGGUGAUCCACCGCCCGUGUACAAAGGGAAAAGCAAAGGCCUUGCGAAAAAGGACUAUUAUGAGUAUAUCAGUGAUGGCCAUGUAAUCAGACUCGACGGCGUUUCAUUAACGAUUAUAGAGACCAAGUUAGUUUCUUUUAUUCCAUUCAUAAUACCAGAAUCUUGUGCAACCAACGAAAUUAUCUAUGAAUGA